AUGUAUGUUAUGGUUAUUCAAUUAGUAGUGCACCUUCGUUCUGCGCUUUCUACCUUCCAUUCUGUUAAGCGCGGCAAUGAUCUCUGUCCAUGUGCUAUAAAAGAUUGGUCGUAUAGAACCUCAGCCAUAUCAAAUUCUUGCUUCUUAUUCCGAAGAGUAGCAAUAAUGGGUGCUCCUUCUUUUUUCACUGCCUCAGUUUGGUGUCUCCUUUUCAUUGCAACAAUGACAUCUCAAGCCAAGGCCGAUGUAACUUCGCAAGACUUCCACUACUUCUGCGACUCCAACAACGAUAGAGGAAACUACACAACCAAUGGCCUCUACAGCCACAACCUCAACAACGCUCUUAACAUCGUCACUUUCCGUACCUCCCAAAACGGCUUCUACGCCGUCUCAAGCGGCCAGGCCACAAACCAAGCCAACGCCAUCGCGCUCUGCAGAGGUGACGUCAAGCCAACAGACUGCCACCGCUGCCUCAUCCAAACCAGAGCCAACCUAACGCGCGUUUGCCGCAACCGGAAGGAGGCCAUUGGCUGGUACGAGAACGAGAAGUGCAUGCUGCGCUACUCUGACCGCACCAUAACGGGCCUCGACGAAAUUGGGCCUGCGUACUUCGUCUGGAACCUCAACGACGCACCCAACGCGGAGCAGUUCAAUCGAGUGGUGAAGAAGCUUCUGGAUGAGCUGAGAGACACGGCGGCGUCACGUGGCGAUGGUCGGAAAUACGCGGUGUCCACUGCGACGGGCCCAGAUGGGCAAGUGAUAUUUGGGCUUGCUCAGUGCACGCCCGAUUUGACGGGGCCUCAGUGCCUUGACUGUUUGGUCCAGUCCAUCGCUGAACUCCCACGAUGCUGUAAUAAUAGGAUAGGUGCUAGAAUUAUUAGACCUAGCUGUUAUGUCAGGUACGAAACCAAUUUUCUUUUCUUUGGUCCUCCGCCACCCGCACCCUGA